CCUUAUAACACCUCUGUCUUUUCUCCUUUUCGACAGCAUCCAACUUCGCUGCAACCAUGUUCGCCCCAACCGUUCUCCUCUUCGCGUCCGCCUGCGCCGCUCUCACCACGGGACUGUCGCCAAGGUCGCAACUUUAUAGCUUGAAGACGACCUAUAUGGGUCAUGGCUUCCUCGAUGGCUUCUCUUGGGAAACGAUGGAUGACCCCACGCAUGGACGCGUCAACUUCGUCGAUCAGGGCACGGCACUCGGCAAAAACCUCACAUGGUCCUCGGACAGCCAAUUUGUUAUGCGCGCGGAUCACACCAACUCUGUACAUGGAUCGGACCGCGGACGUGACAGCGUUCGCAUCCAGUCGCAUGAUGCGUACGACCAGGCCGUCUUCGUCCUCGACCUCGCGCACAUGCCUGCCGGCUGUGCGACGUGGCCCGCUUUCUGGACAAUUAGCCAGGAAGGGCCCUGGCCUCUUGGGGGCGAGAUCGACAUCAUCGAGAACGUGAACGAUGCCGACGAGAAUCUGAGCUCGCUACACACCACCGGGAGCUGCUCGAUGCCGCAAGAGCGCAGUCAAGGCGGAGAAACCGUCUCUACAGACUGCGACGCCUCUGUGAACACAAACCAGGGCUGCGGCACUACCACCAAGAAGUCCAACUCGUUUGGCACGGGGUUCAACGUCGCCGGUGGGGGACACUACGUGCUCCAGAAGAGCGACACGGGCAUCCGUACAUGGUUCUUCCCGCGCGAUGACCAGCGCUUCCCCGCCGAGCUCGCGUACGGCGCGCAGACGGUGCACCCGGGCCCGGACUGGGGCACGCCAGAUGCGUUCUUCCCAAUGGGCGGGAACUGCGAUUACGGCCAGCAUUUUAAUGCGCAUGCGAUUGUGUUUGAUUUGACGCUCUGCGGCGAUUGGGCCGGAUCGGCGUGGGGAAAGUCUAGCUGCGCAGCGAAGGCGUCUUCGUGCCAGGAUUACGUCGACAACAACCCAGAGGCAUUCGCAGAAGCAUACUGGGAUAUCAACUCGCUCCGCGUCUACACGCUCUCAUGAGCGAUGAGCGACAACGCUUGAGCCUCCAUUAUCUUUAUUUCACAGCGCUUCUACAUUAUAUCAGUUUGGCCCCCACAUCCUAGAGCACGCCAGAUCCAUUGAGUAUUCUCGGUCUGCUGCCCAACUACACACAAACUACC